AUGGCCCCCCAGCUGCUGGUCGCUGCUGAUAAGUACGGCUUGUCAGGCCUGAAGGCACAGUGCGAGCAGCAGCUGGCCUCACAGCUGUCUGUUGAGACUGCGGUGACCACAGCUGUGCUCGCUAUUCGGAACUCCUGUAGCACCCUUAAGAAGGCCGCCGCCGCCUUUAUAAAGACUCAUAUUUUACACGUGAUGGCCACGAAGGGCUGGGCAGAUGCGCUACAUUGUCAGCCUGAAGAUCUGAUUGAAGUGCUCAAGCUGCUGUCUGAGCCACCGGCAGAAACCAGCAUUCCAGCCACUGGAGACAGCGAGGUCACCCCCACCAGUCAGCUGCACACUGGCCACAAAAACUGCAGCAGGGCUCCUGUUCCAGCUGCACAGCACACAGCUACCUGCCCCACUCCCACAUUUGACGAUGCUUCCGUCUCUUUCCUGCGGACCCUCCCUGCAGCGGAGAAAGGCAGGAGGCUGAUCAAGGCAGCUAGCGAUGGGACAGUGCAAGAGCUGCAGAUGCUGCUGGCAGCUGGGGCUGAUGAGGGUGCGACGGAUGGGAACAAGAAUACUGCACUGCACUGGGCAGCCUGGGAGGGUCACGUGGAAGCGGCGAGCUGUCUGGUGGGGGCUGGCGCGGAGGUGGACGCCGGGAACUGGGUCCAGAACACGCCGCUCCACUGGGCUGCAUGGGGCGGCCGGCCGGCCGUGGUGCGGCUGCUGGCGGCGGCCUCUGCAGACAUCAAUGCCAGGAAUGUGGACGGGGACACGCCGCUGCACUUCGCGGCAGAGCAUGGCCGCACGGAGGAGGCGACUGCACUACUCGAUGCAGGGGCUGACAGCGGGGCCAGGAAUCACAAGGGGAAAACCCCAGUGGACCGCGCCAGGCAGUUCAACCACCAACACUGGAUAGACAGGAUAACACGAGACUAUCACUACAAUACACACCUGUGAAGUAAAUAGAACACUGCUCUAGUAAAAUCACAACAGUAGCGACAAUGUGAGAUUCAUAUACACUGAUGUGUGUAGUAAGAAGCGAGUUUCCUUCCAUGAAAACUCAACAAUAAUCGAAACGUAUAUCAUUAAUAAUAAACAUGUUUUAACUAAAUUCAUUAUUGUAAAGUAAUUGGUAAAAAU